AGGAGACAGCGAGUAGUUUCAGACUAGGGAGAGUGGAGGAAGGAAAAAAAAGUCGGUGUGAAAGAGAGAAUGGGAAACUGACUGAUAUACUGCGAAUGGCGAGCCUCGGGAGAACAGAUGACAAACUAACACGAGGAUAAAAUGUUGCGAAAACCAUCAGCUGGGAUCAAGAGCGCGAGUUUGUAACCGGAGGGACGCGGAGCGCUGCUUUCCUGCGGUGUGGGGAUUGUAUCGAUCGCUCCCGGGACAGACGGGAAAGCGCUGUUUCGGAACUCCGCUGCACCCCGUCCCGUCCCGCCGCGCCAGGGGGAAGUACCGAGCCGCUUCCCAAACUCGGCGCCGUCGGUCCGGGCUGUGGAGGGACCGCGGAAAGAGGCCAGAAAUCGUUCCGCGGGAGCAACAAGAGCGCCGAUCAUUGGACAAAAGUUUGGCCUUUCGGAGACGGGGGUGCGGGAGAGGCCGAGUCUCGCCGCCGUCGAACUGACAACUUACCCCAGCUCGCUGUGCGUUAGGGGCAGAUAACUUUCACCAUGAAAACCCCGGGGGACGCGGGGUUUGCGUUCCCAGACUGGGCCUAUAAGCCCGAGUCCAGUCCUGGCUCCAGACAGAUCCAGCUGUGGCACUUUAUCCUGGAGCUGCUGAGGAAGGAGGAGUAUCAUGAUGUGAUUGCCUGGCAGGGAGAUUACGGGGAGUUUGUGAUCAAAGACCCUGAUGAGGUGGCCAGGCUGUGGGGCGCCCGCAAGUGCAAACCUCAGAUGAACUACGACAAACUCAGCAGAGCUCUCAGGUAUUAUUACAACAAGAGGAUUCUACAUAAAACUAAAGGAAAACGCUUCACCUACAAGUUCAAUUUCAACAAGCUGGUCCUGGUCAACUACCCUUUCAUUGACAUGGGGUCUGCAGGAGCGCCUGUUCCUCAAAGUGCUCCACCAGUGCCUACAGGUCCCCAUUUCCGUUUCCCUCCAUCCACUCCAUCGGACAUGCAGGUGUCCGAGGUGCUGCGCUCGCCCAGCAGCGAGGAGCUGCGCAGUCCGGGGAUGUUCAGCGGCCGCCGCAUCGCCCGUGGCUCCGUCUCCGACUGCAGCGAUGGGACUUCUGUCAACUCUGAGAUCGAAGACGGGAACGGAGGCACGGCCGAGGAGAGAGUGACAGAAAGAGUGGCUGAGAGAGGAGGAGGUGGAGGUGGAGGUGGUUUCCGAGGGGCCGUUCACCCUCGUCUGUCUCACGAGGCGAUGUUCAGGAUGUACGGUGGACCAGGAGGUCACAGAGGUCAUCGGGUGUCAGAGGUUGGCGGGCACAGGGUUCAUCCUGAGCCUCUCUCGCCGUUCACCGUGUCGCCUCUGCCCGGUCCCGGAGGCCCAGGCUUGUUGGCUCCACCUCUCUCGCCAGCGCUCUCCAUGACCCCAGGCUCUCACCUGGCCUACACACCCUCCCCUACCCUGUCGCCCAUGCCUGGCUCCAUCUUCUCCUUCAACCCAGAGGACAUGCAGCGCUACCUGCAGGCUCACACCCAGAGCGUCUACAAUUACCACCUGAGCCCUCGUGCCUUCUUUCAUUACCCAAACAUCAUCGUUCCUCAGCCUCAGCGGCCCGACAAGGGCAUGCCCGGACCCCAGGGCUGCGAUCGCGGUCCUGCCGAGAGGCCCUCUGUGCUCAACAGCCAUCACUCCAGCCUCCCGCCUCCUCAUGCUCACCCUAUUCACCAUCACCUGGGGGAGGAGCAGCACCACUCGCCAUUCAAGUUCAAGCUCCAGCCUCCCCCGCUGGGCCGAAAACAGCGUGACAGUCAGGGUCGACAGGGCUCGCUGUCCUCCUCAUCUACAUCCGGUCUGGGCUCCUCGCUGUCGUUUGGGAGUGACCUCAGUUCAGCCAGUGGAUCAGGACUGGUGUCCAACUCCUCCUCAACUGGCUCGCUAAACAGCGCUGGGCUGCCCAAGAUUAAGGUCGAGCCUAUAUCUGACAUUGAGUCAGAAGAGGAAGUCGAAGUAACUGACAUCAGCGAUGAAGAAGCUGAUGAAAGAGAUGAAGAGUUUGACGUUUUCCCCUCUCACUACCAUAAACACCGUCAUCAUCAGCAGCAUCAUCAUCAUCAUCAUCGUCAUCACCAUAAUCAUUACCCUCACAACCAAAAGCACCAACAGCCCAACGGCACAGAUGCCGCUCUCCACCCAGAUGAGGACUUGGAGGAGGAGGUGUUCAAAGCCCCCGCCCCUCCACCCUUCUUCCUCCCUCCCACCUCUUCCUCGGGUGAUAGCCGGCGCGGUACCACCGUUGUAAAGAGCGAACCCGUGGAGCCGGCGGACAUACAGCUGCCCUCCGGUGGCCCGCCGCAACCCAACUCCCAGUGCAUCCCACUGAAGCUCCGCUUUAAGCGGCGCUGGGACCAGGACCAGCACAUGGAAGAAGCGGAGGACAAGAAAGUGAGAGGAGAAGAGAGGGGGAGAGAGAGGAACGGGAUGGCGGAGGAGAGCAGCAGCGGAAGCGGGAGCGGGAGCGGAGAGGCAGAGAGCCCGCCUCCUCUCGCUCAUCACAGAGUUAGUGCCGAGCUCCACCGAGCCACGGCACAGCUGUCACUGGAGAACAAGGAGUGCUGAUACGCAUCGACACACACAGACGACUGCUGAUACACAACUCUACAACUGCUGAUGGACCCACACUCGCACGGGACUCUUCUUAGAUCAAUGACUGCUGAUACAGACAACAGUAAUACUGACACAUACACUGCACACUUAGACUAACUGACCCUUGCUUAAUCGAAUCCCGUUCCCCAGGCUACCCUCAGGAGUCAAGAACUUUGACCUUUGGCACUAGAGAAUAUUUUAUAUUUUUAGAAAAGAAUUUUAUUUUGCAAAGUGCCUGUGAGCUGUCCCUCAGAAACCCUCGAAGAGAACUUAGAGACGGGCCUCAGAAAGACCGGUCUGGUUCGAGGGACCUGAUCUUCUCCUCCAGCAGCCCAGCAUUAUUUUCCUCAGCGACAGACUGUGAUCAGUCUCCAUGUGAUGUGGUGGGAUACAGAUGCACAGAAAGUCACAAACAGACACUGUUCUAAAACCAGCCUGGUCAGACGUCCGAACCCUCAGGGACAAAAUCCCUCAACACACACACACACACACACACACACACACACUCGCGCACACAGACAUGAUCCCGUUCUUAUUCCCUGUAUGAAAUGUUUGUCUGAUUCGAGAUUGAUUGUUUGUGUGUGUGUGUGUGUGUUUCAGAAAUCUAGCUGUGUGUAAGUUCUCAGGAUAUCUCCCUCCUUUCCUUUUCUAUCCAAACCAGCUCACCUUAAAACUCUUGCUAUCUCUUUUUUUCCCCUCUGGGACCAUUCCUGAAUCACUUUUAUUCCGUUAGGGACGAAAUGACUCGGGCAUAACAUGCGGUUCAGAGACCAUGCUCCUAAAUCUCUUAAACGGCUAGUUGCUUAGUUGGUUAGUCUUUAAAAUGACGAUUUGAAGGUAAUACACAUUAGGGAACUUAUAACAAGCUUCCCUUGUAUAGUCAGUCUUUUAGCGUGAACUAAACCAGCAUCACACACACACACACACACACACACACACUCACAAGCUUGUACAGUGAUACUAGACUCAAUUCUUAACUAUUUUGGCACUUGAUGAUGUACCCUUUAGAACCAAGUGCUGAUUCUUUGUCCUGAUUAACUGUUCUUCAGCCAUAAAGAACAUCCGCAGACUCCUGGGAGGGGUUUCGAUAGCAGUUUCAAUCCAUAAUACCAGAAUUGAAAUACUAACUUAAGUAUAGAAAGACAGUAGAAGGCAUGUUGCCAGAAGUUGCACUCACAAACACACACACACACACACACACACACUGCCUCUAUUGCCUUGUUUUAAUAGCAUGUCUGAAAAGGAAAUACAAAAAUCUUAAAAACAGUAUACACUCAAUAUACCUUUAUAUAUUAUGCGUUACACAUACUAUAAACGGAAAGCAUAGCAUUAACAGAUGUAUCAGUUUGAGGGGGUUUUGUAACAGAUUUAGUUUUGAGGGGAAGGUUGACUCUUCUCCUCAGGGAUAAUGUGGCUAUUCGGGUAAGGGAGCCUUUUCUUAUCAAGUUGAUAAAAGGUGGGGUAGAUGAGCAAAAGACUAAAUUGUACCCAAGACUCUAACAAAGCGAGCACGAGAGCUUUGCACCACAGAUGAUGUGGCACAUUCGGUUCUUUAACCAGCACGCACCUCGUCAACAUCCUGUUCCUACUGCCACAACUGAUGUGUGUGUGUGUGUGUGUGUGUGUGUGUGUGUGUGUGUGUGUGUGUGUGUGUGUGUGUUUGACAGAGGCUGCAGGUCUCUGUGCAUGUAUGUCAUACCACACCCAAGGCUGUAAUUAUUUUAAAAUCUUGCAUCAUGAACCUCAUAAACCUGUGUGCACUAAAGCCCUGUGGACGUUGAGCACAGGACUUGAGACAUCAGCGGGGUGGCCAGUCGGACACUAGCCAUGAUAUAAUGGUUUUCCAGUGACAGGAAGGAGUUAUGUCAUGGCUGAGGUGUCUCUAAUACCUAAGAUAAUGCAUAAGACAAAAUUGAACUGGUGACGGUGUCACCUCCUCAAGGUUUUGAACUCUUUUAGCUGCCUUAUUCCCACUUUAAUCAGAUUUGAUUAUGUUUAAGAUCUCCUCGAGUCUUUAACUGGGGUGCACUUGUUUUUACGCCCGGGCAUACCUCGAAAUUGAAAACAUUUGAGAUGGGGUGAACAGUAUUGACCUGCGUGGUCUGUAAACAUUAGUUUGGGCACAAAGUGAGUGCAUCGUUUCUCUUUAGGAGGGACGUUAUUUGUUUUCUCUUAGGCUGCUCUCGUUGGUUAUCCCAGGAUGUCACUUUUUCGAGUUUUAUUUUGUUUAUCACCCGAACUGCUCAUGUUGAUCUGCUCUCUGAUGUCAAUGUUGCUGUUCAUCCUAAUUAUUAUUAUUAGUUAUUAUCAUUAUUUUGUUGACAUUUUCUCCUCAUGUUGUAGUCAUGAUAACAUUGUAUACAAUACUGUAAGAGAUCCUUUUACGAAUGUUUCCCCCAGCCCUGCCUUCCCGCGAGCAACCCGACAGUGUGUUUAGUGUAACAUUUUAAAAUUUUUGUAAAUUAACGUAAACCUGUAACUUUAAUAUAGCUGGUUAUUGUGGAGAGAUAUAGGAUGGAGGAAGGGCAUUCAGGGGAGGAUCAGGCUUUUGAUUUGAACUCAAGUCAUGUCAUGUAAUUGUUAUUUUGUAGUGUUACUGAUUUCUUGCUCUUGUAAAUUUUUUUCAUCGGGGGAUUGUAUGAUUUUAAAAGAUAUAUUGUGUAUUGUUUUAUUGUGUAAAAGUCUCUAUCUCUCUCACUUUCUUUCUCAAAAUUUAUUUCUGUGGUUCCAUAAUUCAUAAUAACAGGUUUUAAUACCAUGAUGUAACAUUUUAAUUCCUUCUUUAUUCAUUUUUGUGUUCUUUUUCAGAAUUGUAAUUAAAAUGUAAUCAGGGUCAAUUAAACUGGUUAAAAGCCA